AUGUGCAGCAAGGAAAACCAAGACGACGACAAUUCGAGAGGUUCUGUCUUCUCGGGUUUCAGUUUGUCUCUUGAAGACGCACUUCAUCUUCUCCAACGUUUCUUCAACUCUUCAAACCAGAUUAAGCAGAUUCACACUGUCCUCUUUACCAGCAACGCUUUGGUCGCUUCAAGAUGGAAAACGAAAUGCGUCUACAACACACUCAUUCGAUCUUAUCUCACUACAGGACAAUCCAAGACCUCUCUUGCUCUCUUCACCCACAUGCUUGCAAGGCAAGUCCGACCAAUCAAUCUCACUUUCCCUUCUCUGAUAAAAGUAGCUUGUUCAUCUUUCUCUGUUUCUUAUGGUGUUGCCUUACAUGGCCAAACUCUUAAACGGGGUGUUCUAUGGGAUCCAUUUGUUCACACUUCUUUUGUUCGAUUCUAUGGUGAAGUCUGUGAUUUGAAGAGCUCGAGGAAGAUGUUUGAUGGUAUUGUAGAUCCUUGUGUUGUAGCUUGUAACAGUUUGUUUGAUGCUUGUGGAAGAAACAGAGAGAUGGAUUUUGCUUUCGAGUUAUUUCAGAGUAUGCCUGUAACUGAUGUGGUUUCUUGGACUACUGUUAUCAAUGGGUUUAGUAAGAACGGGUUACACGCCAGAGCUGUUAUGCUUUUUGGUGAGAUGAUACAGAAUGAACGUGAGGUAAUAACUCCGAAUGAGGCUACUUUCGUUAGUGUGCUUUCUUCUUGUGCUAAUUUGGAUCGAGGAGGUCUUCGUUUGGGGAAACAGAUUCAUGUAUAUGUUAUGGGGAGAGAGAUCAUCCUCACUACUACUUUGUGUACUGCUUUGCUCGAUAUGUAUGGAAAAGCCGGUGACUUGGAAAUGGCUAGUACAAGAUCAUUCCAACAUCAGAGCAUUAUGGUUGCAUUGUUGAUCUCAUAGGUAGAGCUGGACUAUUGGUUGACGCGGCCAAUUUCAUUAAUAAUUUGCCAUCCAAGCCUGAUGCUUCUGUUCUCGGAGCUCUUUUGGGCGCCUGCAAGAUUCAUGAGAAUGCUGAGUUAGGAAAAAAGUAGGUAAACAGCUUAUCGGACUGCAACCUCAACAAUGUGGCCAGUAUGUGGCAUUGUUGACGUUAAAUGCUUUGGAUAGCAAUUGGUCAGUAGCAGAACAGAUGAGGAAAGCCAUGACAGGAGCUGGAAUUUGGAAAAUCCCUGCUUACAGUGUGCUGUCUUAAGGCUUGAGAAGUGAGAAGCACUGUGUGAUCUAUGUUCUGUUCUACUAUGUUCAGUUCACUCAUAGCGGCUUUCUAUAGAAUUCGUUGAUAAAGAAGAUCAAGAGCUUACUUGAAGACUAAAUGUCAGCACACCAGCUUCUACCAAGCACUCUCUUAAGGUUAUUCUUCUAUGACGUUAACCUUGACGGGAACAAGAUCACAAAGUAGACUUGGAGGUCUUUUCUUUCCAAAGGGUCUUUAGUGGGCAUUUUGUCGUUUGGGAUCACAAUCUCUUGACCCUGUUUUACAAUAUAGAGUUAAGAGUUGUUGAGCGUGAAGCCGGUUAAAGCAUCUAUAAGAGAGACCUUUCUUCUUCUUGAGAAUCAGAUGAGAUAAAAAUGACUACAUGUUCUCUUUUUUCAUACAUGCUUGCUCGAAAGAUAAACAUAUGAGCAUAUUUGGACUAACUUUGGACAUC